UAUCUUUUGCUUUCCGUCCUUGUCUUUAGAGCUGGACACCGAAUCAGGUGUUUUGCCAAGCAAUCGUGUCCGGUACGUAGUCUAAACUCAGCAACGGCUUCGAUUCUUGGCCAGUCGGGUAUGUCGGAGAGCGCCACUGUCCACUGUUCGGCCGAUCCAUGCAUUGCAAAAUCGUUGUCCCCUUCUUACCAAGAUCAAGGCCUUUUCUUUUGGGAAUCUAUUGUGGUGCUUCCUGCAACUAGGAGCAUUGCAUCAAUAGGUGUUGAUUUUAUCCCUGAACAUGGCAUUGCAUCAAUGGGUGUUGAUUUAAUCCCUCCAGUAAUUAGUCUCGUAAUGCUUUGGCCGUCUAUUCCUCUAGUAAUUAGUCGUAAUGCUUGGUUGUGUGCCUUCUCGUAUUGGUUUGAGAGUCACCUCUGUGGCUGUAAUGAGUUCUUGAGUGGUUUGAGAGUCACCUCUGUGGCUGUAAUGAGUGGCGGUCGUUCGAGAGUCACCUCUGUGGCUGUAAUGAGUGGCUCACAACAAUAA